AUGACUAGAACCCAAGUCCCCUACCCCUCCCCUGCUACCCUGAAGCGGUUCCCUCAUAUCCAUGAUGACCCUUCCACCAUCUCUCACUCCCUAGACCCCUUCACCAUCACCACCCAGACAGGCUUCUUGCCCUAUGAGACUGCUCCUGUCCAGUUGCCAGAGGCCUUUAGUGCCCUGCUGUCCCUGGUUAACCGUCUGCCUGUCGUCAGGCUCGAUGGUAAUCCCGGUCUACUGGCUACCUACGAGCUUGGCCCUGCCGUUCACGCAGAGCUCACUGACCUAACUGAUGAGGUUGAGAAGCUGGUUCUCGCUGAUGGCUCUUAUGAUCGCUUCACUAUUGCUGCGGUCUUCCGUGACUACACCUUCCUGGCCUCGUCUUACCUACUUGAGCCUUGCUGGGAGCACUGGAACAAGAAUCCCGAUGGUGGCUAUGGGCUUGGUCGGGAUGUCCUGCCCAAGUCUGUUGCCCGUCCUAUGUAUCGCUGUGCGGAGAUUCUGGACCUCCCACCCUUCAUGUCUUAUGCUGCCUCUUACGCUCUCUUCAACUACACUGUUGCCGACCCUGCCAAGGGUCUGAGCGAGUACUCGAACCUCCGUCUGAUCCGUUCUUUCGAGAAGGGUCUUGACCCCAAGAGCUCUGAGGCUGGUUUCAUCUUGACCCACGUUGACAUGGUCAAGGAGACUGGUCCGCUCAUUGGCGGUGUUCUGAAGGUGGUCGACUCCCUUGAGCAACACGGCACCCGACAGGAGAUCAACGACGGAUUCCGUGAGAUUCUGAAAUCCAUGGAAAAGAUCGAAGCUUCUAUGGAAGACAUGUGGGGUAACUCCAAGCCCUCGGAGUAUCUCUCCUUCCGCGUCUUCAUCUUCGGAAUCACCAACCAGUCCAUGUUCCCCAAUGGUGUGAUCUACGAAGGCUGCGAAGAUAACAAGCCCCUGUACUUCCGCGGCGAGAGUGGCGCCAACGAUAGCAUCAUCCCCCUCCUGGACCACCUUUCCGCGCCUACCGUCCCCUCCCCCCACCGCGAAUUCCUAACCUACAUCCGCGAAAAGUCCGAGGAAAUCGGCGUCCAGAAAUACGCCGUUCAGGACUCCGAGACCGCUGUCCUCUUCCUGCGCACACUGAACCACAUCCGCAGUUUCCGCUGGCGUCACUGGCUGUUCGCCCGUGAAUACAUCAUUCGUCGCACGCCUCACCCUACUGCUACUGGCGGUAGCCCUAUCGUGACUUGGCUCCCGAAUCAGCUCUCGGCUGUUAUGGAACUCAUGAUUCAGAUUUAUGAUGCUCACCUUGCGCCUAAGGAUGGUGUGUCGGUCGCGGGUGACGAGGAGCGUAUUGCGUCGCACAGGAAGCAGGUCGAGCCUAUGAUGGAGCUUGUGCGGGAUCAAAAGGAGAAGUUGGCUAAGGAGGUUGAGCGGUGGUGUCAGGAACGGGGUGUUUAG